AUGGUGGCCAUGGUCGCAGAUCCUCCGCGGUGUUUGGAAUGCCUGGAAUGCCGAUAUCUCCGGGGCAGGCGGGGCAAGCCACACCUUGCUUCUCCCGCAAGCCCUGCUAGACAUGGAGAUGCACCCGAGUCUGGGGGCCUUAUUGACCUGGCGGAGAGCAUCCUCUUGUCGAAGAGAGGUCCAGGCUCGGUGGCGCCUCUCUAUGGGGACGACACCUUGGAAAUCAUGGCUGACCAGAAACAGUUAGAUGAGAUGGACAACGAGAUUUGCGAGCCGCUGAACCAGUUCGAUGAUGACCUUAAAGAUCUUAUGAUGGACGUUAUCACGGAGAAGGUUCGCCGCAUUCUGUCCCUCGACCCUUCCAAGUACAAGAACGGCAGGCUGCCCUUCGGCCUCAAGCCCCACAAGGGCCUGAACUUGGGUGAAGAAGUUGACCUUGAGGAGGAGUUGGAGAAACUCCAAGACAUGGUGGACCGGUUGAAGGAGGAGAACGAGCAGCUGAACAGACAGCUCGAGGCUGCUCGUGCAGCUGCGGACCGGUGGAAGCAAAAGUAUAUGGAGUUGAAAGAUGCUCCGCCUCCGGAGGCACAGACCAUCACCAGAACCCAAACCUCGAGACCCCCUUCGCAGCAGACGGACAAGCCAAAGGAGAAGGUGGAGCCCCCACCCGAGCCGGUCAUCAAAGGCCUGUCCCAGGCAGAAGUGGAUAAGCUUCUAGAAGAGCAAGACAAGGCGCACAGGGCAAAGGUGGCUGCCCUGGAAAAGCGAAUCAAAAUGCUAGAAGAUGAGAUCAAGAAGCUCAAGGAAGCACUGGAUGCGGCCUCGAAAGCAGAAGCCGCCGCAAAAGGUAAGAAACCCAAGAAGGACGUCGAGAAGACUGAAGCCGCUGCAAAGCCGGAGCCCGUGCAUGUCGAAGACCAGCCCAAGGAGCCAACCAAGCCAAAGGAGGACCCGAACGACGCGGCGCUUGCUGCGGAACUUCGGUCUCGCCUUGCAGAGUGGCUGGCAGUGGCCAGGCAGACCAUGGAGACCGCCCUGCGUGGAUUCACGAAGCUGCAAUCAAUCACUGGUCACAAGAUGCCACAAGCGGAGCAGAAACUCAUGCAGGGCUUUGCUACUGCAAAAGAUCCGGCUCCUGCAGAGAUUGGCAAAGCUAUGCGCGAAGCAGCACCCAAAUUCGAGGUCUGGGUGAGCGAGGCCCUGAACAAGUACAAAGCUAGCUUUCCCACAGAGAAAGCCAAGCCUCCGACGCCUCCCACAGAAGAGCCCAAGGAGAUGCCCGAGCCACAAGAGAAAGAAAAGGAAGUGGUGUACAAAGGUGAUCCGAAGGAAAUCUUGCACUUAAAGCAAGUGACCCAAAGGCAGCAGGAAGAGAUCUCCAAGCUCCUCCUCACCAUUGACGAGCUGCGCAAGCGUUUGGAGAACAUCCGGGUUGUAUCCUUAGAUGCCGGGCCUGGUGUGGCAAGUGCGGUUGACAACGUCAUGGACCGAGUCGGCCUGAAGGACAUCAUGGACCCUGGGUUCACAGGUGGACUGCCUCGCAACCCCCCGGUGUUGAAGGGCGUCUUUGAGCGGCUCUACUCGGAUGCGAUUCAACGCAUCCAGCGGUAUAGCCUCAUCCGGCAGCAGAUGCUUCUGGCAAACAAAGCUUACGCGUCUGUGGUUGAUGCCAUCACGGAUCUUGAGGAACCUAACAUCCCGGACUUUGAUGGAUUGAACGACACCACUGACACAACCAUCCGGGGGAUGUGGUACCAGACCGAGUACCUUUUCCGAAGAGCAUGUGAGUAUGCUAUGUCCCAGGGUGUUGAGGCAUCGUUGGUCAAGGGGCAGCAGACACUUAUUUCGGAGUUUGAGGGACUAGAUCCAGAGAAGAUCAGCCAGCUUGAGGAGAAGGCUGGCCUCUCUCUGCCCCGCAAAGAGCGCCUUCCGCGACGGGAGCGCGUCCGCCAAGUGAAGGAAGAGCGAGGCUUGCCUGGAAAGGCCCGGAAGGAUGACCAGCCGAGCCCGUUCUCGUGCUACAUGGCGGCACUCCGAGAGGUUGGAAACGAGAGCAAGGAGAGCCCAGAGGAGAAGACUGAGAGGAGCACCUUUCUGGCAGAGCUGCUGCUGCUUUCUGCAGCGGUCCUCCUAUGGCAUUUCCAAGAUGCCUUUGUGGCGCCAAAGAUCCCGAGCAUUGAGCGGCCUGAUCGUCUUGUUCGAACUGCACGAUUCGCCAGCGACACUGCUGAGGAUUCGGUGGAGAUUUCCGGCUUCUCAGGCUUUGUGGUUGGCCUCGCUUUCCUGCCGCACACAUUCUACGCCCUACUCACUGCAUUCAACGUCGUGAGGGGCGAAAGCUUCGGGCUUGGGCCAUUCGGCCUGGAGCUCCUCUCCUGCUUGGUCACUGUGGGGCUGGUGGUCUGGUCGCUGGGCAGCUUUUUGAGCCGCGGCCGCGGUUUGCCGGCGGGUCCUCUGGGCCUGCUUGGCCUCUCAGAAGGUGUCGGAUACCUGGCAGCGCUCGGCCUGGUGCUGGCAACCCUGGCCUCCGGCUUGCGCUCAGGACCAUCGCUGCAAGUCAGCUUGCCGCCAGUGCCGCAGAUCAGCAUGCCCUCCAUGCCCUCCAUGCCCUCUAUGCCCUCCAUGCCCCAGGGGGCCGGUGGAAGUGCACUGAAGGUGCCAGAUUUCAAGAUGCCCGAUGUCAAAAUGCCCGACGUCAAGAUGCCGGACGUCAAGAUGCCUGCCGUCAAGAUGCCGGACGUCAAGAUGCCUGAUGUCAAGAUGCCCGAUGUUAAGGUGCCUGAUAUCAAAGUGCCGGACAUCAAGGCCAAGAUGCCGGAAGUCAAGCUGCCGGAGGUGAAGCUCCCAGAGAAGAAAGAGGAAGUCAAGCCGAAGGCUCCAAAGCCAGAGGCUCCAAAGCCAAAAGAAGAUGUGGACUUUGCCUCCCUUUUUGACUAG